GGAUACACCUAGAUAUUUUUAUUUCUAUGUGGCUUGGUAUUCUCUGGCUUCCUGUAUCUAUAGUGGGAGUCUGUCCCUAAUUGGAAAAACUCUGAGCCAUUAUUAUUUCAAAGAUUUCUUCUGUUUUGUCCUUAUUUUUUAAUUCUAAUUAUGCAUACAUUCCUUCUUGGGUAAUUGUUCUCACAUUUCUUGGAUGUUCUUUUUUUUUUCUUUUGCAUUUCAGUUUGCUAUGUUUCCAUCUUCAGGUUCAUUUGUUGUUCCUCCACCUUGCAGGCCAGUUGGGAGCCCACCACAAGUGUCUUCGUUUCUAGCCCAGCGUUUUUGAUGACUAGCUUUUCCUUUAGGUUACUCAGCCAACUCCACUUAACAGUGAUGUCUCUGCCCUGGGCUUCCCUUCAAUCAGGCGCCCCACCCAGUCUCCAAAAGCUCCUCAAAGGGUCAUUUUGAGGUAGCCUUCAAGCCAUCUUGGUGAUUCUGUGCCCAGACACAAAUCUUGGUCCACAUGGCCUUUAGUCACACCACCAGGACUCAUGGCACAGAUAGCCGUGAAUGGGCACAAAGUCCUCCUUUUCUCACCGAAGGCCCCUGUGAGUACGUCACAGUGAAAAUGGCCACCUUUGGAUGUGGCUGUAUACGCACAGUGUAAGGCUCUCCCCUAGUACAUGACUCCCUUCCCCAGCCCUCUGGUCCACUUCCCCUGGGCUACACACUAAGUGCACCACUGUCUUCUCGGUCCAGCCUCUGGAGUUACAGACCUUGGGACACAAAAUCCCUGAGAUUACUACCCUGCUGGGCCACCACUGACAAAUAGCCAUUUUCAUUUCUAUAGUCCUGGGCAUUUCAGUUCUAGGAUUGGCUUGGACUGGGUGCCAGUGCAGUGGCCCUGGCCACCCAAAAUCGGGUAACUUGGGCCAGAAAAAACAAUUGUUGGCUGUCUUAACCCGACAUAUACAAGGUCCUCUAAAACCCCGCCCCUUGUGCAGCAGUCCCGUGAGUCUCUUGCUCCAGUGGUUUUGGACAGCCCCCGGCCCUAGAGUAUCUUCUGGCCGAGGAAAGAGGAGUCUGUCCUCCCUGGUGCUUCUUGCUGCAUGUUUAUCAGUAACAAGCAGCCUACAGUAGCACAGGCCAUGAAAAGAGAUGACAGCACCAAUGGCAGGGGACAUGAGGUUUUGAGAGAUGACAGUGCCUUGGCCCAUGACGGUGGCAGACACAAUUUCAUCUGGAAUACUGCCACUGCAAUCUUCGCUGUAUCGAACAUGACACUCAGGAAGACACGGCAGCUGAGACACAGCAGCCAAUGAUGCUCAAUCUUCACAUUCCUCCGCAGUCUCCCAAGAGCUGCAGAAAAUGAGCAUGUUUGAGAUGUCGGUGUCAUUUGAGGAUGUGACUGUGGCGUUCACCCAGGAGGAGUGGCGGCACGUGAGCCCUGCUCAGAGGACCCUGUACCGAGAUGUGAUGCUGGAGAACUACCGCCACCUCGUCUCAGUGGGGUACUGGUUUACAAAACCGGACAUAAUCUUCAAGUUGGAGCGAAGAGAAGAUCCCUUGUUAUUAGAGAACGAAUUUCUAACAAAGAGCCAGGCGGGCUGCUGUGUUGAUAACCUCUUAGAGAAAAGCCUGGCAACUCAAAGGAAACAUUUGCGGCAAGACUUAUUUACUCAACUGCAGGGUGCAGACAGAGAUGAGAAAAUUUCCAGCCACAAGUCACACUGCAGAGGGCAUCAGAGCACUCACACAGAAAUAGAGGCCUUUGAAACUGGAAAUAAGAACUUCAGUCCUAACGCAGCCCUCACUGUAUCUCAGAGACUCGACACAGUUGGGAACUUCAGUCGUGAUACCGUAAGGAGGCAAACCUUGCGCGCUCAGACUGCCUUCAGUGCACAGCAGAGAACUGGGGUCAGGGCGAAACCCUGUGGGUGUAAAGAAUGUGGGAAAUCCUUCUCUAGCAAGACACACGUCAUCGCACAUCAGAGAACUCAUACUGGAGGUAGACCUUAUGCAUAUAAUGAAUGUGAGAAAACUUUUACUUACAUAUCAUACCUCAGAGAACAUCAGAGAAGUCACACAGGGAAGAGACCCUGUGAGUGUAACCAAUGUGGACAGUCCUUCUGCAGAAAAUCUGACCUCACCUUGCAUCAGAGAAAACACACAAGUGAGAAAGUCUGUGAAUGUAAUGUGUGUGGAAAAUUUCUCUCUAAAAAGUCACACCUCACUCAGCAUCAGAGAAUCCACACAAGGCAAAAACCCUGUGUGUGUAAUGAACGUGAAAAGUCCUUCUAUACAGAGUGUUGUCUUAUUCGGCAUAAGAGAAGGCACACAGGGGAGAAACCCUAUCAGUGUAUUGAAUGUGGGAGAGCUUUUAACCAGAACUCAGUCCUCAAAAUACAUCAGAGAACCCACACUGGGGAGAAGCCGUUUGAGUGUAAUAAAUGUGAAAAAUCCUUCUAUAGAAAGUCGCACCUC